AUGAAUGGGAAUGUGGCAACCCCUAUGUCGGAUCUAUCCGCAGAUCCCUCUAUCGCCUCACUCGAGGGUAUAGACGAUGUGCGGCCCCAGGCGAGCAGAGUUGGGUCUACUGCAUCCUAUGACAGUUCUGGGAGGCACCGACGACGAAACCCAAGAGCAAGGCGUCCGGUGAAGGAAACACUGGACGCCCGCUCCGAGUAUUAUACGAGUCAAGAUGACGGUACUGCGGAACAUCGCAUCAACCAGUAUGUGAUCAAGCAGGAAAUCGGACGUGGAUCAUUCGGAGCUGUCCAUCUGGCUGCAGAUCAGUUUGGCAAUGAAUAUGCAGUCAAGGAAUUCUCCAAGUCCAGACUAAGGAAACGUGCGCAGUCACAUCUGUUGCGAAGACCGCGAGGUCCGAUUCGGCCAGGAACAGAUUUCAACUCGCCGUUACAUCGGCAUCCUUCCGGUGACGAUAAGGAGAUCGGAAAGAAUCCUUUAUAUCUGAUCAAAGAGGAAAUUGCAAUCAUGAAGAAACUCAACCAUAACAAUCUGGUGUCAUUGAUCGAGGUAUUGGACGAUCCGACAGAGGACUCAUUAUAUAUGGUAAUGGAAAUGUGCAAGAAGGGUGUUGUCAUGAAGGUCGGGCUGGAAGAGAAAGCAGAUCCGUAUGAUGAUGAGCAAUGUCGAUGUUGGUUCCGUGAUCUGAUCUUGGGAAUCGAGUAUCUGCAUUCGCAGGGCAUUGUCCAUCGAGACAUAAAGCCGGACAACUGUCUGGUGACCAACGACGACCUGCUGAAAGUGGUCGACUUUGGUGUAUCAGAGAUGUUCGAAAAAGAUUCGGACAUGUUCACUGGCAAGUCAGCUGGGUCACCAGCAUUUCUCCCGCCAGAGCUGUGCGUGGUCAAACAUGGCGAUGUAUCCGGAAGGGCGACGGAUAUCUGGUCCAUGGGGGUAACUCUAUAUUGUCUGCGAUAUGGAAGGCUGCCAUUUGAGAAGCAGAGCAUCUUCGAGCUGUAUGAUAGUAUCAGAGGAGAUCCCCUGGUCUACGAAGAAGAGUCAGAUGAAGUAUUCAAAGAUUUGAUAAGUCGGAUUCUCGAGAAAGAUCCAGAGAAACGCAUCGACAUGUUUGGUUUACGAGAACACCCCUGGGUAACGAAGGAUGGAACGGACCCUUUGCUGUCAUUUGAGGAGAACACGUCCCAAAUCAUUGAGCCGCCGACAGAGGAGGAGAUGAACUCGGCCAUUACAACAAACAUGGGACAUCUUAUGACCGUGAUGAAAGCUGUCAAAAGAUUCAAGCGACUAACAGAUCCCACCAAAUCACAAUCCCCCAUUCAAAGUACCUUCGGUGGGAGCAUUCUGGGUGGAGAUCACGAUGCCUACUUGGUCGAGCCACCAAUGGAAAUGGACCCAGACGAACCCUUUCCGUCAGUGGGAGCGGCUCCACAAACACACGACAUCCACGGCUUGCGUGCAGGCGUGCGCAAGGGCUUCGGCCGGCGUCCUUUUGCCGGAUUCCGAGACGAUUCCGGAGUCCUCGGGUCUAGCGAUUCAGCCAGCUUUUCAUCCCGGCCGGAGUACAGCCCGAACAGCAGCAAAAGGCCGAGCGGCGUGUUCGAGUCCGAGCGAAAAGACUCCGGGUCCAUCCGCAGCUGGGGGUCCCCGGCUCAACCGGAUAUUGGCCACGAAGCUCAACCCCACUCUCAAUCCGCAUCACCUCAUAUUCCCCUCUCGCGAGCAAGCUCGGAUAGAACUAAGCGCAGCCUGGAGGGGACAAGAGGGCAUGCCCGUGAUCCGCUGGAGGAGGAGUUUCCCUACCUCUUCAUUGGCCCAUCUACAUACAACGGCUCCUCGCAGCAGGAAUCCAUUGAUAUGCAAACUAGUGACGAACCGGCGUCUAUCUUUCAAGAGCCGGAAUAUUCAAUGGAUCAUUCUGACCAGAUGGAGGACGACGAGCCGGUACAGUUCGUUAGUGAAUCGCCCGGCGCUGCGGAUUUCAAUAUCUACGAGACAGCGUACAGGAAGGAACUAGACCGCAUCAAGGACAACCUGAAGGACCGCGAUACCGGCCCGAAGGUGUACCUGACUCGCCUCAUUGAGAAAAACAGCGACGAAGUGAUGAAACUGGCCAGAGAGAAGGAAUUGAAUCUUCAAAUUGAGAAUCAGUUCACCCCUUCUGCUCUGUCGAGAACACCCUCAGGGUUCGGGUCUGCGGUUGAUGCGCUGCGCUCGCAGAUGCUGCAGAAAAGGCACGCUGAGGAGUCAGUGGAGCGGGGUGGUGGUGCAAGUAAAGAUAAUGAUUCUUCGCAGAACCGCGAGUUUCACCCUCAUCCUCCGAAACGCCUGUCGGUUUCAUCCCAAUCUAUACCAGAGCCUGAACCCUCUUCUCUAGAGGCGACGGGUGUGUCGUCUACAGAGGGGAGCGGUGCUUCCAAAGCACAGCUGCAGCGAAUUCUUGAUCGAGUCCGUGGAAAUUCUAGUGGUGCAGAGUGA